AUGAAUGUGACAACAAUUGAUGAUCGAGAUGGUGAAAGAAAAGUGGAAACAGUUGCAUUUGAAGAAGAAAUUGAAUAUACGGAAAUAGCUGCUGAUUCGAAAUUUGUUGAUUUGACAAGACAUCGUAUCAAAAAAAUUGAAGAUUAUUCAUGGUUGACGAAAGUCGAACAUAUUUCAUUCAGAUGGAAUCUUAUCAAAAAAAUUGAAAAUUUGGAUUGUUUGACAACUUUGACUUAUCUCGAAUUGUAUGAUAAUCAAGUGAGUUAACAUAUUGUAGUUUUUGUUAUUUCUAUGAUUUUGAAAUAUUUUUGUAAAUAGAUCGAAAAAGUCGAAAAUUUGGAUUCUUUGGUCAAUUUGGAAACCCUUGAUUUAUCAUUCAAUAGAAUUGCUAAAAUCGAAAAUUUGGACAAAUUAACAAAAUUAAAAACUUUGUACUUUGUUCAUAACAAAUUGGAAAAAAUCGAAGGAUUGGAAAAAUUGACAGAAUUGGAAUAUUUGGAAUUGGGAGAUAAUAGAAUCAAGAAAAUCGAAAAUUUGGAUAAUAAUUUGAAAUUGGAUAGGUAUGUAAAUAAUAAAACAGAAAUUUAAAAAAUAAUAAUAAUUCAGAUUGUUCCUUGGUGCAAAUCAAAUUUAUACAAUUGAAAAUGUGGAUCAUUUGAAAUCUUUGACUGUUUUAAGUCUUCCUGCAAAUGCAAUUACUCAAAUUGAAAAUGUUGGUGGAUUAACAAAUAUGAAAGAAAUAUAUUUGGCUCAAAAUGGAAUUCAAUAUAUUGGCGGACUUGGGGAUAAUCAUAAUUUGGAAAUAUUAGAUUUGAAUCAAAAUCGAUUGGCAAAAGUUGAAAAUAUCAAACAUUUGAAUCGUUUAACUGAUUUUUGGGCGAGAAGUAACAAAUUGACUGAUUGGACACUUUUUGAUGAAUUGGCUAAUUUGCCACAUUUAAAUGUGGUUUAUUUGGAUUUCAAUCCAAUAUCUGAAAAUGAUAGUUAUCGUGGAAAAGUAUUGAGAUUAUUGCCACAAAUUACUCGUUUAGAUGGAUCAACUUGUAGAGAAAAUACACUUGUUCGUGCACCACAAAAUUCGAUUAAUAUUGAAUUUGAUGAUGAAAAUGAUGAAAAUAUCAACGAAAAAUUUGAAACUCUUCAAAUCUAA